AUGAGACCCAACUCGAGCCCGCCGCAAGAAGCUGAGCACAUACGGCACCAGUCACUGACGCCAGAGAGUCCGCGCCCGCAAAACGUCCCCUCGCCCGCCAACAUUCCCAUUCUGGCUGAGCACAUGGAUGCAAGCUAUCAUGAUCUCAAUCUCUCAAACGGUCCUGCUUCCACUCCAGCCUCGCACUUUUCGCAACAGUCGCACCCGUCCAACGCGAACGCGACCACGACGACCACGCCGUACUUCGCCGACCAGCCGUCGACACAAAACUACCAGCACCAGCAUAUAGCAGCGCAAGGGGGAGGUGAUGCCAUGCAAGCUAGCGGCGCUUUCCAUCACUCAUCUGCUUUUGGCACCACCAUGGGUACGCAGGCGCAUGAUACCUCUUCAAUGCAGAAUUUCGCACAACACCACCACGCGCGCACUGCUGUCAUUGACGCUCCCCCGGCGUCGGCUCAAAAUCUUCACUCUGCGUACCCAUACUCCCAUGACAAUGCCUAUGCUGCGCAGCCGGCCCAAGCUGCCACCAAUGUUGACGUACAAGCCUUGUUGGAUUCUCUGACGCCUGCUGCACACAAUGCGCCUACGGGUCAAUAUGCUGCUCCUAAUGCCUCGUUGCCGUCGACCACCACUCUGCCUCCUCGACCGCCCACUCAAGACCAGCCCGCUACACAUCCCAACUAUCAUCCCAGCGACGACAUCGCGUCCUAUCACCCACAAAAUCAGAGAGCGCCUAGUGCCCAGCAACGGGGGAAUGGCGCUCUACAGCCUUCGAAUGCCCACAAUCCGCCCAGUCAUGCGCAACAGCAGCAGCCAGGCCAGCGUAGUGAGACACCUGAUGAUGAGGACCAACGGUGGCCACCAGAGGUGAACAGGAGAUAUGAGGAGUUUUUGGAGCAGGAGCGGAGGUUUGUCACCGAGGGCCAGUGGGACCAGUUUCCCAUGGGCUCCCGUCUAUUCAUCGGCAACCUCCCUACCGAGAAGGUCACCAAGCGUGACAUAUUCCAUCGAUUUUAUCGCCACGGCCAACUCGCGCAAAUAUCUAUAAAGCAGGCAUAUGGCUUCGUCCAGUUCUUGGACUCGGAAUCAUGUCGAAGGGCAUUGGACGCCGAGCAAGGACAGGCAGUGCGUGGCAGGAAAAUGCAUCUCGAGAUAUCCAAACCUCAGCGAAACACCAAGAAGAUCGAGCCACAGAACCCGCCUCCAAGACGCCGAUCACGUUCGCCCGACUAUACCAGAGGUGGUACAGGCCCACCGCCCCGGGACAGUCGCUACGGAGCCCACCCUAAUUCCAUGUCCCCUCGAGACCGAGAUCGGCGCUUUCGCGAUCGGGACGAUUAUCGGCCCAUGCGAUCGCCAUCACCGCGAGCACUGCCUCGGGGCGUCAGAUCGCGCGACCGGAGCCGCGACAGGUUCGACACACGGUACCGCAGCAGGUCAAGAACACCUCCCCGCAGGCAUAGGAGCCCGUCUCCGCGACGCGACUACACCGAGGAUGGUUUGGAUCUCCGUCGCCGACUACCACAUGAAGUUCCUGAUAUCCAGAUCCUUGUACUUAACGAAGGUUUGCCUCGGGACUUUAUACGCUACGUCGAAGAUACAUUCCGUACACAACAGCUCCGGAGUAAUGUUCUGAUACUCAGUGGGCGCUUUCCUGAGCCAGCUGUGGUUCGAAGACAGAUCCUGGAAGGCGUUUUAGCAAUAGUGAGGUUGGACACUACAGGGUUGACUAAGGGCAAAGUCAGCGUUCAGAUCUUUGACCGUCGAGGAGGUGCCAACAAUGUCCAAUUCAACGAAUACGCUGAUCUGGACCCCACAACAGCUGGUCUUCUCGUCAACAAUGCCAAACAAAACCAAUCUCGUCCCGUCCUGCCACCCUCAACCUCAUACGCCUUCGGCCAGAACCUGCCACCGCACUUUCCUCAGCCGAGCAACCCCUUCCCAGCUCUGACGACCAGCCAGCCCAACAUCUCCAACCUCAUCGCAUCUCUAGAUGGUGCUAGCCUGUCGCAGUUGCUCGGUGCAAUGUCCGGCAAUAACAUGCCUCAGAGCGCACAACCACAGCCCAAUCCAGGACUGAAUGCUGAUCUUGCACGAUUGCUCGCCCAGGUGCCUAGCCCUGCUCAAACUCCAGGUUUCGCUGCCCAACAUCAGCCACAUCUUGCACAGCUAGGCAACCAAUUUCCCGCGCUUGCUUCCCUAUUCGCAAACCAGAGUCAGCCAGUCGCGCCGCCAGUCCAGACCCCAAACCAACCUGGACCUGCGCCAGACAUGAGCGAGAUCAUGGCUCAGCUUGCCCAAUACCAGCGCUGA